GGCGAGCGUGGUUCGUGCGGUUUCAGAUCAGCCUGACUGACAGCGAUGUGAAAUGGGAAUGCUAGUUCACACAGGAGCUGGAUUACUUCUCAUUCUUGCCGCUUUACUGCACUGACCAGAUCCUUCGAUCUAAAGUGAAACAGGAUCCGUCUUCCAUCCGUUAUCCGGAAUAGACGGUGGCCCCGGAGCGCGUUUAAAGAUGAACACUAUCGUUCUUAAUAAGUUUGCCAAUCAAGUUAUUUUCGAAGAAAAGGCAAACGAGGUCGAGAGGAACAGCAGAACGUAUAUCGAAGUUAUGGAAGAGCAGCACCGGGAGCUAAUGAUGCCGGACAGUCCGUCGAGCAGAAGCCAACGGGGUCUGCGACACAGGAGCUCUCGGCAGAGCGGUGGCAAAGUGAGGCACAAACGACAGGCCCUCCAGGACAUGGCUCGACCCCUGAAACAGUGGCUCUACAAGCACCGGGACAACCCCUAUCCGACUAAAACGGAGAAAAUUCUGCUGGCUCUCGGAUCCCAGAUGACCCUGGUACAAGUUUCAAACUGGUUUGCAAAUGCCAGGCGCCGCCUGAAGAAUACGGUUCGACAACCAGAUUUGAGCUGGGCGUUACGAAUAAAGUUAUACAACAAGUACGUACAGGGCAACGCAGAACGACUCAGCAUUAGCAGCGAUGACACGUGUUCGGAAGAUGCAGAACAUCCACCAAGGAACCCGGCUGUCGGAGAAUUCAACAAACCCGCUCAGGCAGUUGUUAAAAAAGAAAGUCCGAUUCUGAAGGCAGUGGGGAGGGCAGGCACAAUAAUCAGUGAGGAUUAUGUGUCACCGCCAAAGUACAAGAGUAGCUUGUUACAUCGCUAUCUGAACGACUCAUUGAGGCACGUCAUGGCAUCAAAUGCAGCUAUGAAAGCUACCGACAGGAAAAGAAAUCAUUCUGGAUCAUUCAGCUCCAAUGAAUACGAAGAAGAAUUAGCAUCACCUUCUUCAUCUGAAGCAGAUGGGAACUUUGUGUAUCGCACUGAGAUGGUGGAACAGGGACUGAACCAAUUAACCAGUUAUCCAAAGCAAAAGGAAGCUUCCAAAGAUGAAACCUACUGGAAGGAAAUUAACGCUGCCAUGGCCUUAACAAAUCUGGCACAGGCAAAAGGCAAAAUACAAGGAACAACCAGCUGUAUCAUUCAAAAGUCCUCACAUAUUUCCGAAAUAAAGACUUUGAAAAUUACACCGGGUAAACCAUUUUAAAAAAAAGUUUACGUGACUUAAGACAUUUCAGAAGCAAAAGCAUUCAAUGUAAGUGUAUUAAUGAAAGUGCUGCAAUCAAAUGCUGACUCCUGGCUCUCGAGGCCAGUUUAGAAUAAAUCUUUUUUUUAAUCUAAUAUUAUGUGUAUUAAUAUAUGUAGGAUUUUGCAGCAGUAAGUCUUUUGUAAUUGCACACAUUUCUGCUGUUGUUGACCAGCUUAUUUUUUUUAAAACAUGAACUGACUGUAAAUUGUUAAAACAGUACAAUUUCUAUGAAAGUAUUAACUUAUUUUAUAUUACUCAAAUUAAUCUUUGACAUCUCAUGUUGAUGCUGUCAACGUGAAUAUAAAGUAAUAUAAAUAAUAUAUCAAUAAGCUACAAGUUGCACACUGAAAGCAUUUCUAUCACAGUGAAAUUGUACUUUUGUAUAACAAGAUCAGUUCCAUAUUGUAAAGCUCAUUUUUGACAAACAAAGCAAAAAGAAAGUCGACAACAGAGGAAUGUACAUUGUGGUCCUGAAAAAAACAUUGGGAUUGUAGUGGCAUGUCACUUUAUUUUGACUGUAACUCUGUUGACAUUGCUUUGCCUCAGAGAACACAUGUAAAAAGCACAUGAGAACUGGGAAGUCAUACAGAUCUAAACUGUGAUCUAAUUAGAAGCAGCUACCUUUUGCACUCAGGAUUCAGUUGUGCCAAAUGAUUAGCCAAUAUUAAGCUGGAAUGUUCCAUAAUUACGAUGUACUCAAACAAUUGUUUUCCAUGAUGACAGUAUUCCAAUUUAAAAUAUGGAAGAUCUAAUGUAAGAUCUAAUGUAAGUUACAACUAGUGAAAUGAAAAACUAUUAUGACCUUCUACAUUAGAAACCUAAGCUUGAUGAAUAUAACAACAUAAAGAAGUAGAAAGCUGAACAUUAUAGGCUAACAAGCACAGAGAAUUUAAAAUACAAUCUAAUACAUUGGAUUGGAAUUUUUCCAAGGAGAUGGCUUGCAUAUUUACAUCCAAAUUUCUAGCUGAUCUCAUUAACUAAGGCUGCAAGGAGAUGUGACUCAGAAGAGACCAGUAAAAAUAAUCAAAGCCCAAUGACUGAGUUGAACUCACAUCAAAUAUGUUUUUCAAGUAUUAAAAUCAGAGUUUCAAGCCAACUAUUGGUCAUGCACAUGUGUAAGAACGUGCAAUUGUGGAAGAUUUUCAAUUUUUAAUGUAAAUUAUGCUGAAUUAAUUAAAAUGCUUUCAAACAAACUGGAAUAAAAAUGUAAUUCUCAGAGAACAUAAUUUUUUAAUCUGAUCAAAAAAUAGGAAUAAAAUAUUGGUUAAGCUUACUGUUGUGUUAGUCUGGAUUUGAACCGCGGUGCAGUUUAUUGGGAUAAGUUUGUAAUUCCUUUAAGGACAAGCAAUAAUUACAUGUAUAACUUACUUGUAUCCCAAUUACCUCAGCCAUUUUUUGAUUUUUCAUGAACUUUUUGUUUUAAAUUCCAAGUAUGCCUGGGAACAAAUGAAGGGGGAAUUUGACCCCUCUCUUGGUUGCUACAUUGGUCCUUGAAGCAUGCCAGUAUACUGCCUAUUUUGUGGUCAGGUGGGCAGGGUUGUGAACUUGUUAGGGUACAAGAUCUGACUUGAAGAAGUCAUCUCACAUCCCUUCAGCCUGCUUCAGGAUAUUGACAACUGGUGGAAAAUGAAGAGGCUGCAUGUGAAUUUUUCAGGCUCACUUUCUAAUUUAAUUAGCAACAGGUCAUCUUUCCGAUUACAUUCCUAGCACUACAUUUUUUCUAAUAUCUGGGUACAAGCAUCACCAAUAAUAUCAAAGGAAAUAAUUUUAUAUAAUAUUUCUUAAAAUUAUUUCCUAUUUUUGAAGUGUAAAAAAAAUCCAAUGUAAUAUUUUGGGGCCAUCCAGUGUAACUUCAUUCCAAGCAUGCCCUUCUCUUUGUGCAAUGAAUAAUGUAUUUUGAGAUGAUAUUUGUAAAUAUUUUUUUACCUUUUGUGCAAAAUGUUAAAAUUUGCAAAUUGCAAUAUGCCCUUAAGUGUAAAACAGAUAACUGACCUAUUAUUUUGGCCUGUAUAAAAGAAAACAGCUUUAAAAUA